CUUCUCGCGCUUGGCCACCACGGUGCUGCCCCGCUGGUGCUCCCGCUGCUGCUUCCUUCCGAUUGCGAUAAUAACGGAGUGCCUCGAGGCCUCAGUGACUGCCACCACGUACCACGGGCCACACCGCACCACGCUACGGCCCUCCGUGAGCCGACAGUGCUCGCUUCCUUUCAACAGAAUCAGGCCUCAGUCGCAUAUACGUAGUAGCACUCCAAAUUCAAUAUCAUUUUAAAAUUGCAAGUUGCAAUAUUAAUGUUAAUAGUAAAGUAUCACUUAGCAGGAGUGCUCCGUUGUAUUGUGCACGUUGAAAGACACGAGAAUCUCCAUAAGCCGGGAAACUAAUGGCUCGUUGCGUAACUGGCCAAUCCAGAAAGUGCGUGAAACCCUGAAAAGUUGUUUGAUUCGCAACCUCUUUGAUGACAGUGCCCAUGGCAUCGGUCUCUCACUAUUGCAUGGUGUAGUGCUUAUAAGUAUUAAGGAACGAGUGGAUAUUUAGCAACUGGACAAAGAGCUAUAGCGAUGGCAAUCGGUCUAGUGUAGUUUUUGAGUUAAGUGCAAGUUGCCUACGAAGAUGAGCAAGUGAAACGAGUAGUGAGACGUGAAGGAGUGAGAACGUGCGCGGCACCAACCAAGGCACUUUGGGCCACGCGCUCUUCGUUACAUGUCUCUUCUUCUUCUUCUUCUUCUUCUUCUUCUUGGCUGACAGCCAAAAGAGCUUGAUCGUAUACCAGUGGCUGUAUAGUUCCUAUCAGUGGUAGUGUCAAACUUUCACGUCAAACACCAUCGCAACUUUUCUUCCCGUUAUUUACCUUGAUAAGUUGCCCUGCGCUUCGGUAACUCUCGAAGGACACUGACAGUGAUAAUUGGAUGAAUUACGUGACCGCGUGGUUGGGUCGGAGCUCCUUGAGGCGACACACAACAGUGCUUGCGCAUAUCUCAUUGACGAGACGUGUGUGAUUUUACUAUUUGAUGCUGCGACGAUUCAUCAUCUUCGUCAGGUUCAAUAGAGCAGCGACAAUUACGGCUACAUCUGCUACUUUGUUGAAACUCGUUUUGUGGAAAUCCACAGUGAAGCUUAACUCAGAGACCGGUUUAUCGUGUUUCCAAAAUAAGCUACUGACUAUCGAAAAGUAUUAGCGAGUUUUCAAAGUAGCUGACACAUACUCGAGGCAAUUAAUGCAUUGCGAUGCAAGAUGCAUUAAUGCGACGUCCACCCUGGGUGAUCUUUGUUCAUUAAAUUAUUUAGAAAGACGAUGACUUUGAUAUUUCUGGCUGUUGUCAAAAUUGAUUCGACUGAACGGCGAAAGAAAGAACGUUAUUAACAUCGCAUUGAAUGGAAGCCAGUACGAUUAUAAUCGGAAGGAGAAAAGUACAUUUUCAAUCGACUUAAUAUCGAUGAUUCAUCGACUUAAUCAUAUUGGUGGAUAGAGUCGGAGAGAAAGAGUCGGAGAUAAAUAGCGUAUAGAGGAGAGGAGUUGUAGAGUCAGUGCUUGGGGAGCGUUUGGUUUGGAUACAGAGAGAGUCGUCGCGGUGGCGGGUACCGGAGUCCUCGCGGCGCUUCCCGGCGGCGGCGGCGGCGGUAGCUUAAUAUCCGAGAAAGGAUUAUCAUCAUCCGGAGGACAGUCAAAAACGAAGUCUGCAGGGCUGGCGGGCCUCGACAGCGAGGCGGUCCGCCGGUGGGUAGCUGAGGCGGCCCGAACCGUCCGGCAGAUACCACCGCCGGUGCUCCCGACGUCGCAGCACCAUCAGGUGCAAUAUCACCAUCAGCAAUCUCAACAACCGCAACAACAGCAACAGCAGACCCAGCUCAGACCCCAACAUCAUUUCCAACAAGAAAAUCGUCUCCAGCAUCAGCGUCCCUCUCUGACGGGAGGAUCGGUACUGGGGACGUCCUUUAUUUCACCAUCGUCAAUGACCCAAACACCGAGUAUGCAUUUGUUGGAGAACAACAAUUUAGUAGAGGUCGCAAUGGCCUCGCAACAGCUCAAUCAUCAGUCGCAGCUUCAGCAACAGCGCGAGGGACUCGCGCAACAUCAACGCAAAGAAAAACACUCCGGUAGCCCAACCAACAAUAACACUAUCGAGGCCUGGAGAUCGAUCCAAGGCAGUGCCGGCAUCGGGGCUCUAAGUACGCAUCAAUGGUGGAAUCCACCCAGUGGUGUUCAGCAAGAGCGUCAGGAUAGUGAAACUUCUCCGAUACCCCAAGCUAGUACUCAGGUGCAAAGUUUAGUGUCCGGUUCAUUGUGUCAAGUACUAAGACAUCAACAACACAGCGACCAACCCCAAGUGCAUGUGCAACAAAGUGCCGCGGGACAAUCCGAUAUCGACCAACCUCUCGACUUCUCAGUUGGCAACCUCCAACAACAAAGGCUUCAAUCUAGAAUGAGGCUCAUGCAUGGAAGACUUCAACAACAUAAUCGUAGUAUCCAUGAUAAUAACAAUGGAAUGAGUCCCCGCGCUACCAAAGUCCCCAAAAAUACCGGCGACGCUGAUAUCGUACGCGGCACCUUCAGCCGAAGAAGCUACAGUCCUACGAGUGAUAGCAGCACCACCGGCAGCGAAGACGAGGGGGUCUCCACCGGGGGAAGUCCAUCGGGACCCCUCCGAGGCGCCGAAAAUGAUUCGAGUGAGACCGUGGCAGAACGUACAUAUGGAAAAGUUUGGCGAACGGAGAGCGAGGCUGCGUGGCAAACGGAGCAAAUUUUCAAGAGAACCUCACCCCACAAUGCGGCAUGCGCAACGGCGACGACACCUCUGACGGACACUGGAACUACGGCGGCGACAGGUGGCGGGGCUCCGGCACAUCCCCACCUGUCGCCUUCCAUCGCAGCACCCGUAACCACCCUCGAUCAUAGAAGCGCCACCAGCCUUCAACCUAAUCAAGAUAUUUCACCAGCGAGCGACGCACUCGGAAGAAUCGAUAAGGAGCCAGCAUCCCCAGACUCCAUACAAGAUGCGGAUUUGCAUGGCGAAGUCGAUGGACCCGAGCUCAGCGGAGACGACAGGAGUAUCGCGAGUGACAUCAAUGACGCGAACGAGGCUACCCUGGAUCACGAUUCCAUGGACUCCGAUCGCGGCGGAGCUCUCAACCUGGUUACCGAUGUUUCGCAACGGAACAGUAGUAGCGGAACGAGUGGGAGCGCAUCGUCGCCGAGUUCCGGUGUGAGUAGUCAAUUGACCGGAAGUCAUCCGGGCAAUACCGGAAGUACACAAGCGGCUUUGGCGGCCCAGCUCGUCGGUCAGCAGCUUCUUAUGCACGGGCCACUGGGAGCGUUGAGUCCUCAAGAAAUCCAAGCGUUGGCAUCGACUCUUCAGCAACAUCAGCAAUCGCUUCAGCAGCAAUUACAACAAUUCGCGAUGUUUCAACAGGCGAAUCCUUCGUCAGCGGGACAGCUUCCUGCUCAGGCGCAAUUCUUCUUGCAGAAUCAGGGGCUGUUGCAGACCGGUGCCUAUGCUCAGACACCGAGUCAUCCCCGAACGCACUCCAUUCAGGUACAGCAAGCAGUGGCUCAAGCAGCGCAGCAGCUCCAAGCUCUUCAAAAGCAGCAAGCUAUCCAGGGCGGAGGUGGUCUCAUGGGAAGGAAUGUUCCCCAGCAGAGGUCACCUCCACCACCGGGAACCCCACCAGCGGCAAAGCCCCCGCCAACGAGGCUGGAGCCUUCGCCCGAAGAGACGACCGAUCUCGAGGAGCUCGAACAGUUCGCCAAAACCUUCAAGCAGCGACGGAUCAAGUUGGGAUUUACUCAGGGUGACGUUGGCCUCGCGAUGGGAAAGCUUUAUGGAAAUGAUUUUUCUCAAACGACGAUUUCCAGGUUCGAGGCUCUGAAUCUUUCCUUCAAAAACAUGUGCAAACUCAAGCCUCUCUUGCAAAAAUGGCUCGAGGACGCCGACAACUCUCUCAACAACCCGAAUUCUCUCUCGAAUCCUCUCACGACACCCGAAGCGAUAGGCAGACGGCGUAAAAAGAGAACGUCGAUAGAGACCAGCGUCAGAGUCGCCCUCGAAAAGUCCUUUGUACAAAAUCCAAAACCAACGUCCGAAGAAAUCACGAUACUUGCCGAUAGCCUCGCCAUGGAGAAGGAAGUCGUCAGGGUGUGGUUUUGCAACAGGCGACAAAAAGAAAAAAGGAUCAACCCCCCAACCGCAGCGAUGGGAAGUCCAACGAUGGCGUCCCCAGCGCCAUCUGUAUUCGCCUCCCUCGCGAGUUCAAUGUCCGGUAGUCCACUAGCAUUAACGACGCACUCCUCGGGGAUGAGCCAUUCGCAUUCCCAUCCUCCGCCUCUGGGUUCGCCUCUACCUCUUGCAUUGGUGACGUCAGCGGGCGGAAAUUAUCACACGAUUGGUAGCAAAUCUCACGAGUGACAUCAACAUGCGACCCAUCAGAGGGACGCUCUAUAUCAUCAUCAGCAUCAUCAUUCGCAGCAGCAUCAACAAAUGUCGCAGCAACAUCUUCAUCAUCAACAUCAUCAUCGUCAGCAUCAGCGACGCUUGUGCAAUUUACCGGAAUUUUAUCGCUAAAACGACCGUUUUAUCUGCCGUCUUUGCGACGGACGAAUUUUAAAAGCCUUACGUCCAUUUUGUUGCUGCCGAAAUUUCGUGAUUCGACGACCAUUUUGGUGCUGCCAACAUUCCUAAGCUCCGACCAUCGUUUUUGUGCUCUUCUGACACUUCGGGGCUCGUUUAGUUUAUGCCGCCAUUUUGUUCACCCGUAAAUCAUUUCGAAGCGGUGGUAGCCGGGAUUUCGACGUAAUAUCUUCUUCGGUUACUUUCACCGAGUCGAAGAAAUAAAGCGAAAGAAUAGGAAAACGCUUCCAUUCCGACAACGUCGAGUUAGCAACUCAUUAUAAUUCGGUUUUACAAUUCCGGAUACUUUUUGAGAUUGUUUGAGGCUGGUGUAACGAUUCGAAAUGGUGGAUUCAGACAAGGAGCUUAACGGACCACAAUGCCAAGGCGCUGGACUGAAAAAAAUCCAUUUCAUUUUCUUAUCCUACGGUGAUAGAAAAAAUCUCGAGUUCGGCAACAUUGGCGCGAGUAAUAUUGGAAGACAAUCUUUUUCCGAUACGAUUUUUCACUUCCGGUUCUUUUCCCAGAACCCGCGAAUUUCAUAUCACGUAAGUUAAUGAUUUUUUCGAGAAAUUUCGUUAACCCUACGAAAAGUCGAAAUUGAACAAGCAUUAAAAACGGAGGCUCCGGUGUCAUCGACGAAAGAGCGAAAAGGUCAUUUCCCAGAUCGAAGAAUACCAAAAAUUUCGUACCGUCUUCGUAUCGUCUGUGGGGUACAAAUUUUCAGAAAUUAUUUUCAUUUUCUAAAGAGCUCAGUGCGAGAGUGGACCAUAAUUUAUCGGCACAGUAACUUCACAAAGUUCCGUUGCUUCUUGGACCCAAUUGUUCUCAUUUACGGCCUUCCACCAGAAACAAAAUGCGGAUGCGAAAAAAAAACACAUACAUACACACACAACGGAUCAAAAACACAAUAAUUUGCGGACGCAAAAAAAAAAAAAAUAUAUAAAACCGGAAUAGCGCGGCUCGGCGACAAAGUCGUUCGAAGUUUUCAAAAGUGUGCUAUUUCGCGGUUCACGAUGUAAAUAGACGGUGAGGGUUGAAAGAGUUGUAAUUAUAAUUCAUUGUAAUCGGUAUCGAAUCACGGAUCGAUGGAGGAACGUAAGGAGGUCCCAAAGAUUCCUUUUUUUUAUAUAAAUAUAUAGUUCAAUCGUCGCGUGCAAAAUAGGGUAAGACGUUCGCGAAAUUAUCGGAGCGAUCGUCUUUUUAAUAAAAAAAAAUAAAAAAUAAAAAAAUUUAAAAAAAACGAAAAGAAACGAACGAUUUUAAACGAAAACAAAAAGGCUAAGAUACUUUAGCGAUUGUUUUGGGACUCCGAUGACCUCGCGGAAUACUCUAGAACAAUUUUUUGCGUUACGUUGUAACUAUUGUGAUUUAGUUUCGCGAUCUAUUCCAAUUAUUAUUAUUUUUAGCACCGUCGUCAUUAUUAUUGCUAAUAUCAUUAUUAUUAUUUCUAUUGUAAUCAUGAUGAUGAUGAUGAUUAUUAUUAUUAUUACUAUUCGUGUAUUUAUAAUUAUUUAUUGCAAUGUCUUUCAAUCGUAAUUGGCUCAAGACUCGAACCUAACGUGGCUUUAUUUUUGUGGUUUCUCGUGGUAAAGACACUCGAUGAUUCGUAUUUCUCGUCCACUGUCUUUAACCGUUGAACGUAUGCCUUUUUCUUUAGGACGUUUUUUUAGCUCGUUAUCUUCGAAAGGGACUUUGAAAAUUCACUGACCACAACAUUCGUCAGUCGCGAUGAUAUUGUGUUGACGUAAAAUCUCAAGUAAUUUUCGGUUUUUCAACGGAUUUUCCAGAGGUUUACAAAAAUCUCGAGUGUAUCGGUAAUUUCGAGAGAAUCAGACCAUUUUUUCUCCACGCGAUGAAAAAGAAUGACGAAAGAAAGAAACAUUGACUUUUAUUUCGAAAAAAAUAUUUCUCAUCAAUUAAAAAAUAAUUCAUACUAAUUUUGCACUUUCGUUGCCAAAUUCAUAGACCAAAAUGGACAUGGAAAUGGUAAAAUGUUCAAAGAACCUUGUGGAAGCAUCGCGUCCGAAACUCCGUUGAAAAAGCGAUAUUCGGAUGAGAUUAAACGUAUACAGAAGCGAAAAGUCAGAGGGUUAAAUCGAUGAGAAGACAUUGCGAAACGAGGAUGCUGAAAUCAGGAAAAACAGUAUUACAGAAUAGCGUGUUACGAUCGAACAACGUUGCAGGGAGUGACACGCGAUUCAGUGCCAAGUUAGGUAUUUAAAGUAUUCCGCGAGCGUUGACACGCGCGUUAUCGUCGAAAGACUAUUUCACGUAUACUGAAAAAAGACGAAGAAAAAAUGUGAAAAAACGGAGGAUAAUAAGCGAAAAAUGGUAUUCGGCGAUUGCGAUACUCGCGGAGUCUGGAGCAGCGCGGUUCCCGCGCUGUUUCACCCUACAACAUGUGCCCAAAAUUCGGAAUAACGAAUCGCGAGACGCACUUUUAACAAUUGCGUUUUUUCGGACUUAUACAUAUGUGUAAAUACAUUGAAAUUAGCGAGUAUAUCAUUUUCCGUUGUAAGUAACCGUAUUGACUGUUCGACAUCAAAGUAUAUAGUCAUUUAAGGGGACACACGAACACGAAACGACACCCACGCGAAGACACACACCCACACUCACAUAUUGAAACAAUAGUAAUAAUAAUAAUGAUAAACGAAAACGGCAACAAAUAUAUAAAUAUAAAUGUAUUGUAAAUAGUUCAGUGGAUGAAAGAGAGUGUGAGCUUAUAACAAACAACUGGCGGGGCGAAAAAAUACGAAAGAGGCGUUAUUCCAGUCGAACUUUUUGUACAUUCACGAGCUUGGAAAGCCUCGAUUGAAUUUGCAACGAUUAUACGUGUCUGUUGUCUCAUUAUUAUCAGGAUCGAUUUUUGAUGAUUCACGUAUUUUUAAACCACAGCCGAUAACGAACGGAUUUAUCGUCGAUUUUCCAUUUCUUUUUGUUUUAUUGUUUUGUCAAUCCUGGACGUGGAUCCUGAACAAAAAGGUCCUCGCACACUGUUUUAAUCCGAUGAAUAACUGAAUAAACAUAUGCAACGAAUCUUCAUUCAUGUUUUUUGUUCGAUUUUUCUGUGAGUUAUAAUUUUUCAGUAUUAUUCGUUUUUUUUAAAUCCAUUUUAUGGUUCUUUGCUUUUUAAUAUUCUCUUCGGUUAGGAUCUUUCUGAUCAGGACCCUUCGCUCGGAUUACCGUUUCAAUGUGCACAUCCUUUCACGUGCAAUUAUAAUCGGUUAGGAUUUCUCGCUCAUCGUUUCUUCGUACGUACAUUCGCGGCUGAUAAUUUUUUCAUGCUGGAUUGCGAUUGAAUAAAAAUUUGAAAAUAUUUUCCUUCCUACGACAGGCCCCAAUUACGGUUUUUCAACAAUUCAGAACUUUGUGUCAAUUCUAAACUCAUUCUUACGAAAUACGAAGAAAAUAACAAAAACUUUAGUAAUUCAUUAACGAGUUUGCGUGCAGUGAAGAAUAUCAAUAUUUUGUGAACACUCCAAAAUUCAUUGGAUUACAUACAGAUUUUGACUGUGAAAACUGUGGGUACUCAGAAAAAACAGAUGGAAUCGAAAGUACGUGCGAAGUACGAACGACACCGAGAAAGGCUCACGACUUUGUGGCAAAAGCGUGAGAGACAAAACAAGCGUGAAUCGAUUUUUCCCGAUACGUGGACCAAGUAUAGUAAACGAAAAAAAAAAAAAAUGAAAAAAGUUCCUAAAAAGCGCACAUGACCGCUUUGCGUGUGUGUAGAAUGCGAGUAUUUGUGGGCAGAAAGAGAGAGAAAGAGAGAAAGAAAAAGAGAGAAAGCGCGAGCGACGACAGUGUGGCGUGUAUAAUGAGAACUAAUCUGUCGUCUUGAGUUUUUUUAUUAACGGGUAGAGGAGUAUUUUUACAUCUCACAGAAAAUGCCCCUGAGGGCUCGUAUAAGCUGUGAAUAGUAAACCCCCUGUAGAUAAAUCGUGUACGAAAAAGAUAACAGCGUGGAAGGAAAGAGAGGAAAAAAAUUAUAUGUAAAGCUUUCCAAAACCCUCGGAACACCAAUCCCCAAACCUUCCAUGUUACGUUCUUCAUGGCAGCGUAUUAUGACGGUUAGUAGAUACCCUAUCAAAUGAAUUAUUUGAUUAGCAAAUAUUAUUAUUGUCAUUAUUAUUAUAUUAUUAUUAUUAUUGUCUUUAUUAUCU